AAAAAAAAAACCAAGAAAAAAAAAACACUAGAAAAUGGGAUGCAGCACCCCGUUCCCCAAAUCCCAUGGGGUGUUGCAGCCAUCCCAUGGAAAUGGGCAGGAAAAUUGCAAAUCUGGGUGAUUUCUCCCCAAACAAGUGUCAGCUCAGGCUGCUGGGGAGGCAAAACACACAGGGCUCUAUUGAGAGAGCGAGGGACAAAUAAAAAAAGGGAAAAAAAAAAUUGCCCGGGCUUAGGGCCAGCAGCACGGAGGGACGUGCCCGGAGCAGGAACGCGACGCAGAGCGGGGCCCCUGCAGCCGGCCCGAAAUGUGGGGAGCAGCGGGCACCCCGCGCCUGCUGCCCGCUGCCUGGCUCCUGGCACUGCAUGCAGGUAGGGGCGGCUGGCACCGCCUGCACUACGCUUUUUUCCCCGUUUUUCUUUUUUCACCUAAAUAGGGUGGGAGUGAGUUUAGUGGGGGAUUUGUUUGGGGAUGGUUGGGGUGCAAUGGGGGUGGAUGCGUGCUGCCCCCUCCCUCGGCGGAGGGGCAGAAAGGGGGAAAAUGGGGCUGAAAGGUGGGAAAGAACUCUGUUCCAGGGAAAGUGGGUUGUGCUGGGGGGGGGGCAGCCCCCCAGGCUCUGGCAGCUGUUCCUUGGCUUCCCCAAACCCUUCUCUUGCUCAUUCUUCACCUUCACCCAAAAGCCCUUCGGUUGCCCCAGUUAUCUCUUUUUACCCCUGUCCUGCUGCAGCUCACCCCAUUGUACCACUAAAUCCCUAAAUCCCCCCCAAAAAAUGAUUCUGGGGACUCAGCACCCCCUGAGGUAGUAGCCCCCACCCUGGGCCUGCUGCAGAAAGGCAGCUGCUGUUCUGCACCAUUUCUCUGAAAUUUGGACCCAUAAGUGACAUGGAAGAUGUUGGGCUGAGGAUGCAAAGUGCAUUGGUUUUGCACUCCAAAAUUUAUUACACAGAGAAGAGUGGGAGGGUUGAAGAAAUCGCUGACCGUUUGGGGAAGCAUUAGGGUUUUGUGGAGGUUUGUGUGAUGCUCCCUAAAUCCCAUUAUCCUCCCAAAAGCCUGAAAAAGCAAAGCAAUGGUAUCAAAACAGGCACCCAGCUAUGUAUGAGGGAUGGGGCAGGGGCUGCAUCCUGACCCCACAGCCAGAUUUUCCCCCAAAUUUCACCUCACAGUGCCUUUUCGAGGCCGAGCUUCGUGGCUGCUGGGGAGGGUGGAUGGACGGACGCUGCAUACCAAUAAGUCCCGUGACUUUCGAGCUUGUUUAAACCCUUUCUUGCUCUGCUCGCCUCCCUCCUCGCCCUCCCCAGCUGAUUUCCCCUGUUCAGUCUGGUAUUUGUUCACCUCUGGGAGAUGCCAUCUGGACAGAGACUCAUGAAGUCCCCAGAUUGGUGGAGAUAGGGUGUUUUGGAGAGUAAACACAUUUUUUUUUAAUGUAUUUAUUUCUUUUUCUCCAAAGAACAGUUUUGUAAGCCGUGUUGUUUGCUUUGAGCUCAGCUAGUUUGCAUUUCCCUGUGGGGUGAUGGGGACUGGUAGGUCCCCUUGAAACUGGGACAUGGGGAUUCAAUUCCCCUCCCUGUGGUUGUGCACAGAGGGAGGAGUGUUGACUGGACAAAAGCAUCCUCUACAGCUGGGAGUGAGAUGCAAAAAUUCCGUUCCUGUGCAUGCAUCUUUGCCAAGGGUUGCAUCAGACCUGCAGCGCACUUUGCAAGGCCUGCAUCAACUCCACAAUGCAUUUGGGAAGGGUAUCAUCAACCUCACUAAUGCACUUUGCACCAAUACUCCAAUGCACUUUGCAGAUGAUUGCAUCAUCCCCUCCAAUGCAUUUUGCAGAGGGCUGCAUCAACCCUUGCAAUGCACUUUUUUGAGGCAAUCUAUGCAUUUUUGAAAAACUUCAAGCAAACAAUGGGGGUGCUGCAGUUGAGGGCUUCUUGGGGAUGCUCGCCGCAGCUCCGGGAGGGGAUUUCCCCUUUUUCGGAGAGCCGGGACGCGGCGCCCGCUGUCUCCCCCCGUCCCCAGGUCUGCUGGCGGGGGUGAACAUCACCAGCCCGUCGGCACUGGUGCGUGGCACGGCGGGCAAAGCGGCGCUGCUGUCAGUACGCUACGCCAGCGCCAGCCCCGACAAACCGGUGGUGAAGUGGCAGCUGAAGCGGGACAAACCCGUCACCGUCGUCCAGUCCAUCGGCACCGAGAUCAUCGGGAACCUGCGGCCUGACUACCGUGACCGCAUCCGUGUGCUGGAGAAUGGUUCGCUGCUCAUCAGCCCGUUGCAGCUGGCCGACGAGGGCAGCUACGAGGUGGAGGUCUCCAUCACCGAUGACACCUUCACUGGCGAGAAGACCAUCAACCUCACUGUGGACAUCCCCAUCUCAAAGCCACAAGUGCUGGUGGCCUCCUCAACAGUGCUGGAGCUCAGUGAGUUCUUCACCCUCAACUGCUCACACGAGAAUGGCACCAAGCCCACCUACACCUGGCUGAAGGACGGGCGGCCGCUGAACAACGACUCCCGCCUCCUCCUCUCCCCUGACCAGAAGAUCCUCACCAUCACCCGUGUCCUCAUGGCAGAUGAUGAUGUCUACAGCUGCCUCGUGGAGAACCCCAUCAGCCAGGGCCGCAGUGUCCCUGUGAAGCUCACUGUCUACCGCCGGAGUUCCCUUUACAUCAUCCUCUCCACGGGUGGCAUCUUCCUCCUCGUAACUCUGGUGACUGUUUGUGCCUGCUGGAAACCUUCCAAGAAACCGAAGCAGCAAGCAGAGCCACCUCCCCCUGACUACACAGAACAGGAUGAGGAGCACCCCAAGCAUGAGGCUGAGACCAUCCCGCGUGGCACCGACCAUGAUCGCAAGACCCCUCUGGCCCUCUACAUCCUCAAGGAGCAGGACACCUCAGCACCUCAGGAGGAUUCGUCACCACCCGCUGGGCGCUCGCCAGGACGCGGGACUCGCCGCUACCAUCGCUCACCCGCCCCAGCCCGGCCACCCCGCUCACCCCCCGGGUCCCCUGCGCGUUCCCGCUCUGCUGCACGCCUGCUGCGGGCCACUGGGGUGCCCGCCAUCCGUGAGCAGGAGGAAGGCAGUGCCCUGGAGAUCAGUGCCUGAGCGAGAGGUGGUUGUGGGGAACACAUGCGCGGCCCGGCCUGGCCCAGGCAUGGAGGGAUGACGUGGGGCACGAUGGGAAGUCACUAAUUUGGUAUUGAACUCUGCCGGAGCUGCACCCUUCCACCCCGUUGGCUUGCUGGGGUGUUGCUGUAGUGGCCAUGGGGCCGGGUGUGGGGCGCAUGGGGGGCACACGCACAUAUGCAUGGGAUGUACACGGAGCAUGCACAGAGAGCCCACACAGUCUGCAGAGAAAGUGAGCAUGGAGCAUGUGGAGUGAGUGUGCUCAGAGCAUGCACAGAGAGAUCGCAGGCAGUGUGCAUAGACACUAUGCAUGGGCUGUGCAAUAGGACUCAAGUGGAGCAUACAGGGAGUGUAUGCAGACCAUGCAGAGAGAACAAAAGCGGAGAGAGCUUGCACAGAGCACACACAGAAUAUGAACAGAGUGUGUGCAGAGGGCAUGCACAGAACAUGCAGAGAGCACAUAUGUGGUGUGCAAAGAGAGCGUGCAGGAGUGUAUGCAUGGAGAAUGCUGAGAGUGUGCACAGAGUGUGCAGGGAUGUCAUGAACAGAGCAUGUGGAGAGAUUGUGCAUGAAAUAUGUGGAGAGAGCAUGCAGUCAGAGCAUGUAUAGAGCCUGCAAGAGAGUGUGCACGGAGCGUGUGGAAAGAGCAGUCUGGAGCAUAGAGAGAGGGCAUGUACAAAGGAUGCAAGAGGGCAUGCACAAGAGUGUAUAGACAGAGCAUGCACACAGUGUGCGAAGUAGCAUGCAAGAGCACAUAAAUAAAAUCGUAUCAAGAAAGCAUGCACAAAGCAUGGAGCUAAGACCGAACAGAUUGCACAAGAGAAGAACUUAUGCAGAAUGGGUGCAUGGCAUGUGCAUGGACCACGCAGGUAAGUGUGCAUGGCAUUUGCAGAGAGUGUGUGCCAGCAUUUGGAGUGUGCUCCAAAUGUGCAUGGAGCAUGCAGAGAGCAUGAGUGUUCUGAAAGCAUGCAUGGAGUGUGGGAGAAGAACAUGCACAGAGCAUGAGCAUGUUAUGCAUGUGCAAGAGUGCUGUGAUUGUGACCACAGCCCUGUGCAUGCAAGUUGGUGUGCAGGCUCCCAUGUGCACGCACACCCACAGACACUGGUGGAAAGGCCCCCCCAAGCCCCAUGGCUGCACUGUACCCAAACACGGGCCCAAGUCCCAGCAGUGAGCAGUGCCCUCGCAGCCACCAGCUGCCCUCUGCUGCCUCUGGAUUUUCUGUGAAAAUCACCUGUUUUUCAGCACACCCAUGUGCAUUGCCACAGGAUUCCCCAGGAAUAGGUUUAGGACAAAGCCGAAGGGCCAGGGAGCCACAGUGGGUGCUGGGGCACCCGUGGUGCUCGAUGUGUGCGAGCACCCAUGGACGCUACUAACCAAUAAACUCCAUGUGUUACCCA